UUGAGUGUCAGAACUUUAAUGGUUUAACCAUUUAAUGCGAACCCAAAGUUCAUUUUUGCUAAUAGAAUCACAGAACCAAAACCACUCGUCUCUUGUUUCAUUAGCUAUUUCCAAUUUUGCCGAGAAUCCGUUAAGGCGAUGAUGUUCUCUGCGAUUACCGCCGGAGCUACUCUAACUGGCCAUAGCAUCCAUCGGAACGCUAUCCGUUGUUGCCCCUUCAACAACCAAAAUCCUUGCCUUCUCCUAUACUUCCAGAACCACACUUCUUCCCGAAGACAUGCUUCCCCGCAGAAGCAUUUUGCCGUCACCAGAAAUGAAAAUGAAACUGAAACCUUUCAUCUCGUCACCGACUCUGGUUCCAGUGAAGGUGGAGAGAAAGAGGAUUUGGUCCCUUCAGCCUCCGCUCUCGCAGCGGCUAUACGCAAUGCUUCAACCUCUCCUGUUGAAUUCGAGCAGAGGAUCAAGGGAGAUGGAAAGAAUGGGUUGGUCUUGCCAAGUCCCGAUUUUCAGAACCUCUGUAUGGAGCAGUUGAACCUUUUCCAGAGAAUUAUCCAUCCGGACGCUGUGCUAUCGGUAUACGUAAGACCAGCUGGUAGUUAUGUCAUGGACCAAUUGGAACUUCGGCGAGUUAUUUUGUAUCCCAGAAUCAGUAUUCCUGACAGAGCUGAUGUUAUUGUGUUAAUUGGUAAUUUUGGAAUUCCAACGGGCUCACGAGCAGCAGAAGCCACACUUUCAAAUCGGCAAGUGGAAAUUAUUCCCGAGUGUAGGGCUUUAGUCUUCCCUAUGGUUAAGCACCCAUUUGUUGUGGGAUUUUUGGUUGCUGAGCUUCCAAUGAUGGACUUUGGAAAUUGUAGAGAUUCUGACACUGAAAGGCAGGAUAUAUCACUUGGAUCAUCUCUUGAAGAAGCUUGUGGACUACCUCCAUGUUCUGGUAGAAAAAUGUGGGAAAUCCAGACUUUUAAGGAGGAUUCAUCGAAAACAGAUCACAAGUUCACUGCUGAACAGAUUUCAAGUGCUAUUAACAUUUCUCGCUCUUUGGCCUGUGCUUAUGUUAUGGAUCAGAAAGGAACUCUACUGCAGCAAUCAUCUUGGCAAAAUAAUGUCAGAAUGAGUAAUCUUGUUGAACAAAUAAGAGGUCCCCUUUCUAGCAUCAGGACUUUGAGCAAAAUGUUAUCUAUUCAUAUGAAGAGAAGCGAGAUCUCUUAUGAUAUUGUUGAAGACAUAUUGGUGCAAGGUGAUCAUAUGAGAGAUACUUUGCAACAGCUUCAGGAUGCGGUCUACCUCACAAAGGCUAAUGUUGUUCGUUAUAAUGAAGAAACAUUGAGGAGGAUUCAUAACUCAACAUAUCCUCGUCCAGAAUCAGUGAGAUCAAGAUUACCGGAGAGCAAUGGGGAAAAUCAUGGUGAUAGCGAGCAAAAAUCAGGUCCAACACUUCCUCGAAGUGCUUCAGGGAAAGACUUAGAGAUGCCUAUGCCGCCUCUUGCCCUCGCAGCACUUCAACAACACAAUAUCAGACCUUGCAAUGUGUCUGAUAUGCUGGAAGAUCUGGUUGCGGCUGCAAGACCUUUAGCUCAUAAGCAGAAACGCACAGUGGAACUAAGUGAAUUUCCACAAUCCUUUCAAGUUUCUGUAGAAGAAUCUGAUUUGCGCCAGGCACUGAGCAACCUGAUCGAGGGUGCACUGUUACGUACGCAUGUUGGUGGCAAGGUUCAGAUUGUAUCUAUGGGAGCACCAGCUGGUGGUGCUCUUGUUGUAAUAGAUGAUGAUGGCCCUGACAUGCACUACAUGACACAGAUGCAUUCCCUCACACCAUUUGGAGUAGAUCUCUUCUCCGAAGGUAUGAUAGAAGAUAACAGGACAUGGAACUUUGUUGCUGGUCUGGCUGUUGCUCGUGAAAUACUGGAGAGUUAUGGUUGUGUUGUUCGUGUCAUAUCACCCCGGACCCCAGAUGCUGCCCUUGGGGCAGGUGGAACUCGUAUAGAGCUCUGGUUGCCUUCACAUCCAGAUGCAUCUGGCCCAAACAGUGCAACUCAAACAGCAUAGCAAAAAAGUGGGCUUGUCCACUGCAGUACAUCUCACCAUAGUAAGAGAAAUGGGUAUGUGUCACUGCUUGAAAUUUCUAUCAGGUGGUGAUUGUAUUACAGGUUGUUCGAUAUAUAUUGUGUAACUUCUAAAUUGAUUGCUUGUAUA